UGGAUCCCUUUGGUGCUCUUAACUACUCAAAUCUUCAACCAGUAAGUUUCUUGCAAGGCUAGAAUCCAAAGACCAAGGCCGGAAGGGAAGCCAUGUGUGGGGUCUUUGGAAUUUGUUCUUUGAGAUCUUGGGGAUUUAGAUUUUGUUUCGUUUCAAAAUUUUAAUUGCUUCAUUGUUGUUCUAUAGACAUACCUUCAAAGCCAUGAAAUUGAAAACAAUAGUCCAGGUCAUUGAGACAGCUGAGUACUAGCUCUCAGACAACUGCUUGCUUGCAACAAAUGCUUCUCAAAUUUGGGCUUGAACCUUGUAAAAAUGCUAAUGAGUCAGCUGAACACAGUCAUUGAUCCUUGUAAUGCUCCGAUUCGGAGGAAAUAAAUCGAUUUAUUCAAAGAAUGCAAAUGAUGAGGAAAAUUCAUUCAAUCAACUGAAGGUAUCGCCAAAUGGAUUUAAAAGUCGUAAUUUAAGUACAAUGCAUACAGGUGUCGAUCAAAGUCGGACUUUGGUAGGAAAGAAUAGUAAACUUUUGAAGAAUGCAACUAUUGAUAUCAGAGUGAAUGGGAACAACAACCUGAAUUCUUCAAUCCAGCUGUCAGAAAACCAUGGUGAAACCACUACAAAUUCACAGCUAAUGGGUGGAUUCGAAGAGACACUGAACUACAACUUGAACCCCAGCUGCUUGCUACCAAAGAAGGGCAAGAAACGGAGACUUCUUGGACAUCCAUCUAAAAGCUUUAAGUUUAAGAAAAAGUCUACUCUUACCAAGAAGCAGAUCAUAAAAUAAGUCGAUUUCACUGAUGAAAAUGGGCUUUUUAAAGAAAUUCAGGGAGAAAAUCAGUGAGGAAGAGAAGACCCUCGACCUCCAGAAAAUGAUUAAUUCAACUAAAGAAAAAUCUCUACCAAGUUUGAACCCUAAAGUUACUGAAAAAUCAAAGCUAGAACCGAUUUCUUUAGUAAAGAAGGCAAGCGGAUCUGAUCGGAAUAGCGGCAAAGGCCAUGACAUCUCUACAUCCUUAAGACAGUCCAAUGACCUUAGCCUUAAUAGCAGUUUGAAAAAGAAGCACAAGAAGGCAAAUUUGAAGGUCCUUGCUAGGAAAACUAAGAAUGAUGUAAACAGGUCGCAUACUGGCAGCACAGGAAAGUCUACGAAGGUAUUUAAGGUUGGUGAGUAGGCAAGCACUGGCUUAUUUGGGAUUAAUAUAAAUGAGGGUUAUGUUAUAAUACUAAUUUUUCAUACUCAUUCAUUUGGAAAGUUUGAAGUUUAUGCUUAUUAUUGUAGAAAUCAUCUUAAAACGGAAACUUAUAUCUGGUUAUGAUUCUUCCGAACGCGAGUAAUAUGUCAUAGGUUUGUAAAUCACUGCUGUUUAAAAUUUUGAGUUUCUUCGAAUUUACUGAAGAAACUUAGAUGGAGUGUAAAAUCCAAUGUUUAAAGUUAUCAAUUUCUUCUCUCAAGAUUGUUCCAGGAAUUUUUGUAGAUACUCUCGGUUUGGGCUUGUCAUUGGGUCUAAAUCUCAAUGGAAUAUGCUAUAAAUAUUUCAAAAUGAUGCAGUUAAACAUAUCAU